AUGCUGAGCGACUUAAGGUGCAGUUCUAUGAAUGGACACAUAAUGAGUUCAAUGAGACUUACUCCAAGGAAAGCCUUUAGUUUUUUUUUUAAAAAAGAAGAAGCUAAGUUUUAAAAAGAAAAACUGCAUCAGGGUUGUAGAUCAGUGGUAGAACAUCUGCCUUGCAUACACAAGGUCCCAAAAUGUCAUUUUGCCAUCAAGGCAAUGUUGGCAUGGAGUUGUGUCACAUGGCAAGGAACGAGAGGGUGGAUUCUUUGGGACCAAGAGUCUUGGUCCAGACUGCUUAUUUAUUUUUGCAUUUAUUUAUUGCAUUCAUGUCCCACCUUUCCUCAUUUAAUUCCUAUAGAAACCCUGUAAUGUAGGCAAGGCUGAGAGGCAGUGGAUGGACCACGAUCAUCUAGGGAGCUUCAUGGCCUGAGAUUUGAACCCUGGUCUCCCAGGUCCUAGUCCAAUACUAACCACUACACCACACCAGCUCAGACUAUUCUGUCCAUUUCAAAUACUAACAUUUGUCCUUCAGGGUUAUGGAACCCUAAUAGUUCACCAAGGUCCAUCAGAGCAAUAGUAGCUUAUAGGAUGAGUGUUGGAUACAAGCUUUGGAGCUUGUUGAGGUAGUUUUGUCCUUCCCCUCUGGUCAUCUGCCUGGUGUAAACACCAAGCAGUUAAGCAUUCAAUUUCAAAGUAUCUCCUUCCUUCAAUCAAUGCUUAACCCUGCAUGCAAAACAGUGUAUGCAAAUCCAAAACCUGGGCAGAAACUCCGAGGUGAUGGUUAGAUGAGUCUUUAUUUAAUUUUCUAUUCCCUUCCCCCCCCCCUCCAACUUAGCCCAAGGGCUUGUUGCAAUGCCUUUGGCCAUGUACAACACAAGCCACCAUUUGCGAUUAGGGGCGGGGCCUCCUGGACAUAGGCGAGGCUUUGCAAAUAAGUUUAUUUCUGGGCUUUCCCCAUUUGUGCAACUUUAUUGAUCCAUCCCAUCUACCUGUGUAUCCGCCCCCCCCCCCAACCAGAGAACAAUAAGAUAUUGAGGAGGCGACAGGAGAGAGGCAUAUCUUCGGUGGCAGCAAGCGAUGGCAGCAGUCGUCUCCGUCGACCUGCCCCUUUAGCAAUGAAUGAUGCGAGCGCUCUGGAAUUGGGGACAGGGCUGCCUGCGGUGGGAGGGCGGGAGGGGGAGUCCGGCUGCCCAACGCCCCUCGGGCGGCUUGCACCAAAGUGCGGCGUUGGGUUACAUCAGCAAAGCAAAUGCGAGCCCAAGACGCCGGGCCAACUUCAGAAGCCUCCUUCGCGCGGCUGGCCAUGGAAUACGCACGAUAUGUCGAGCCGCUGACUUCAGCCAAGAGCUAUUCGCUGGAUCUCCUGGUGUUGUUUGAUGCUGGACGGGGCGCGCGGGGGGGAGGCGGGGGAGCGCCUGCAAGAGAAAGGAGAAGCGCUCGCUUGUGUGUGUGUGAGUGUGAGUGUGUUUAGGUCCGCGGGCGAAUCAGAGGCGGCGAUGGGGGCCGCGUCACCGAGCGCCAAGCCUAUAAAGGCAUCUCGCGGGCCGUCUCCCCCUGGCAAAGAGAGCUCUCGGCGUGCGCUUGGGACGGCUCGAGCGCGCCCUCCUCUGCCCCCUGGCGUGCGAGCGGAGCUAGACCUCCGGCGGCAGGAGAGCCUUUCUUUCCUUUCUCGCUUGCCCCCUCCACGUCGAUUCCAGAGGAUCUUACAGUGACCUGGUGGUGGUGCUUGGUGGUGUUGGAAGAGGAGGACGCGAGGGGAGGGCGGGCAAGACUCGGCGUCUGGAUUUUGCACUAGCCUUUGGUGGCGCAGCGCAUCAUUCCACAUGGAUCUAUCUGCCAAGCUUUGACUUGCCCUCGGGGAGGACGCAGCUUUGCUGGCUUCUGAGUCCCCUUUCUCCCCGACCAGCCUUCCUCGGACCCUCCACUCCCGGGGCCCUUGUCUCUCUUGGGUGCGCCCCGCGCCCCGCCCUCUCCCCUCCCCACCUCUUCUCCCUGGAGCAGCCGGCGUGGCCGGGGCCCCCCGAUGUCUUCACUGGACUCCCCGCCGCUGUGGGUGGGGUGUCUCUCUCCGGCGUCCGGCCAGCGGCUUCUUCUUCUUCUUCUCCUUCUGAACUGUAGGCUCCAGGGCCAGUUGCGACUGACAGGCGGCGCGCCCCGCGGCCAGGCGAGUUUCUCGCGCCGUCUACCUUGAAGCUUUGGAUCGGGCGCAGCGCAAGGCGUGGGGAAGGCGCGGCGCCCCCCGGCUGCACCUGCGGGGCUGCGGCGGGGGGAGGGCGCGGGGCGGCGGCGGCGGCAACAGCUCCCUCCCCCGCCUGGAUUGCGAGCAAGGCUCUUCUCCCCACCCCAGCCCACAUCGCCCACCCACUUCGAGGAUCUCCGCGCCCCGGGCUCCACAUGCAUCUCUGAGCCGGAGAGCCGUGGAUCCCGGGCGUUCAUGUCACCCUUGGGUCGGAAGAGACCAGAUCCGAGGUAAGCAGGGGGAGGGCUCUCCGGGGAAACCGCCCCUCUGGGCUGGGGAGCUCAGGGAGUUGCGCAGCGAUGGUCUGGCUGGUUGAGGGGCCUGGGAUGGGGACGGGGAGAGACUCGCCUGCUCCGAGGACAGGAGUUUUGGGGCGGCUUCUCCCCACCUCCCCCACCUUGAGAACUCCGCCCUGGUUAUUCUGGAUCCGCCGGAAUCCAGGGGUCUAAACCAGCAGAGUCGGGUGGUAACAUUUCAAGAGCGCCAGUAGCGAGGGCCCUCUAACAAAAAAGGAGGGGAAACUUGCAGGAGUUAAAAGUGGUAUUUUUUAUAAUUAUUUUCUUGGGGAGUGGGUUGUUUCUGUCUCCAUCCCGCCAUCUCGCGUUGGUUAAGUGGGCUCCUUUGCCUGCGGGGGGGGGGGCAUUUGGGAAAUCCCCAGGGAGGUCUUAUGGCACGAACUCGUUUUAGAAGUAUAGACUCAUCCUCUGGUCAUUUCAAGCGGGUUAGUUUAACUUCAUUGUUGAACUUCUCAAAAAAAAAUAGUGAAGGUGAUGAGCGCGUUCCAAAUAACUGUUUGGCAGUCGUUACGCAGUUACGUCGGGCCGAAGUUGAGAGAAAGCCUUGUGAGAACUGGACAGAACUGGGGUCCUGCCCCAUAGCUCUCCACUGGCGCGCCUCUGGCAGCCAGACGCAACGGUUGCUUAGGUUUCUGGAGAAUGCGCUUCUUUGCUAUAUAAGGCCACUCGCAACACCACCCCAGAUCCAAAUCAGUAUGGCUGGGGUCAUCUGAACCCGGAUCCUAUGUCUAUUUAUUCAGAAGGGAGACCCACUGUCUUCGGUGGGGCUUACUCCCAGGUAAGUGUGCAAUUACAAUAACUCCCCGCCCUGCAGCUCUAAAUAUUUUGCCGUCGGCCUGCUCACCUGAAAAGACGCUUCCUCUGGAGAGCUUCAAAUGUGGAGGAAUUAAAUUUGUCUCGUUACUCUCCCUUGGACCAAGGCGAUAUAUAUGGUUCUACCUCUCCCGCUUUAGUCUAACAACAUCCCUGUGAGGUAGAUUAGACUGAGAGACCGUUACCAGCCAAAGGGUCGCCUGGUGAGAGUUUCAAGUUGAGUGGCGGGUUGGAACACUUGUCUCUCAGAUCCUCCCUGUUAUGCCAAGGUUUUCCUCGGCUUCAAGAGUGAAGGGCGACAUUUUUUUGCAUCCUUGAAUAACAGUGCAAGCCAAGACAUGUGUACUCAGAAGUUGGACCCGCUGAGUUCAGUGGGACGUACUCCCAGGUAAAUCGUUCUAGGUUUUCAGCCAGGUUCGUCCAUCCUUGGAGUCCCUGGUGUCUCUCUGGUUUCGCUAGGAUGUAAGGGGCUUAAGGUGUCCCUGGGGGAACUGAUCCUGGAGAUGCGUAAAAUAAGACUUUUUCAGUGCCGUGUGUGCGGGCUGAACGGGAGGGCUGCGGAAAGGCGAGUCAAGGGACCGUGCGCUCCACAAGGCUUUUAAAUCGGAAACCAGCUUAGUGCCACGAAAACCCUCAAGACGGCUAGAAGCUUAAGCGGUCGCCUAAACUUUUCCCUGGCUGUCAGCUCCGCCGUCUCACCGUGGACGGUGCUUUAAACUAGCAGCCUCCGACUAGCGUCCGCCGAUCGUGUGGGAAAAGGAAACCAAAGCGCAUGGAAAGAAAGAAAAAGUGCGCUGGACGGGUUUUCCCCAGGCGUGAGCUGGGCACCUCUUGUGUGAAUCCAGAACCGAGCUUCCUCCCAUAAUCGCUUCUCUCCAGAGGCCCAGAGUUUCCCGAUCCUGCUCGUGCUGGGACGGCAACACCAGCCCCGCCGAGCCAGCGCCUCUUCUUGCGCCUUGAAACGUGUCCGAAGCAGCGCUUAUCCGACGGCGACGCGCGCUUCGAUCGCCCUCUUCUCCUCCCACUGGAAAUAGGGAAUACGCCCAGCACCGCCGCCUUGCAUCGAGGCAGGGACUCGCUCACCUUUCCCCUCCGAGGAGAAAUCCUCGGCAAAGGUCGGGAAUGCUCUGGGAGCGUCGCGAUCCCAAGGGAAAGCGAGCUUGGGUUGCAAUUGCCCGAGCCACCUUAUUUCCCUAAAGAUUUCCGUGGGGUUCGUAGGGGAUCAGGAGCCGCCACCGAGCGACGCAGAGGCAACACAUUUUGGAGAGGUGCGUGAUCUCUCUGGAGAGAGAGAAGGGACACGAUUCCCCUCCGGAAUUAAAAAAGGUAGUUCGUUAGAGGUGUGGAUCUGGAGGAGGUAGUUAAUGCAUAUUCAAAGUUGUUGGGCACAGGUGAUUAGCACCCUAGAGCAGGAGAGGGUAGGAAAUGCCCAGAGAAGGAGCCCAAAACUGGGCUCCAUCCUGCAUCAGAAUCUUCCCCUAAUCCCAUCCAGGGAUGUUUUCGAUUUUAGGGCCAGUGACAGGUGGGAGGGGUCUAUUGCCAUUUGACUUGGAAUGGGGAGAGUUAUAAGAUCCUUGGGCAUGUUACCCCAGAAUUCAAGAGUGGUAACUCUUUGUUGGGAGUAUAUAUGCAUAAAAUCACCAGAACAAAGGUCUAGUCGCAUCUUAAAGACCAAUAAUAAUAUAUUUACAUAAAUAAGGCAGACACUUUCAUGGACUACACUUGGCCAGGUGCAUUGGAUGAAAGCUAUUUAUCUGUCAUAAAUAAAAUGAGUUAGUCUAUAAGGUGCCACAAUACUUUUUUAAAUUCUCUGCCUUCCCCCUGCAACAGACUCUCAGUGCUACCUCACUGGGAAAUGCAUAAGACCGCAGCAUGCUAGCCUAACCAAGAGGUAGGCUGAAAAUAAGAGCCAUUCCCACAGAUAGGCUUUUGUGAGAAAAUCGCGUGCAAUUUGUUUAUAUAGAUUUAACCUGCUUGGUGUAUUGAGUCCGGAAUUGGUCAAAGGCAUCUCUCUCCCUCUCUUUGCCCUGUUAAGAGAUUUGCAUGUGCAAAAGAGUAUUGUAAUAAUUUGAUUAGGCUUGGGGUUUUUUAAGUGGUUUCCAUGGCGAUGAGGCAGCUUGGCUUCCCAAAGUUAUACAAUGGGGGGGGGGGGGACAGGGACAUCCCUCCAAAAAUAUUGAGGAAAGGGGAGGGGCCGGAUGCUGCAAAUCCAGCAAAGCCAAAGUAGGUGUGGACUGCCCUCUAGUGACAGGUUUGAAAUGGUAAUUUCACCUGAGCACUAACCGAAACAGGACUGCACAACUUGUGGUCCACAAAGUGUGCGGCGGCCCAUCAGGAACGCGGUCAAGUUCUGGUGUUUGUUGCUUGUCUGAGGCUGCAAGAACAGGAGAGUUGUCAAGCACAUAGGAGGUCAAGAGCCGAUUAGAGUGUCUUGAUUCGGACCUGGGAGAGCUGAGUUCGAUUCCCCUCUCUGCCAUGAUACUCACUGGGUGACCUUGGGCCAGUCACUUACCUCUCAGGGUCAUUGCAGAGAAUCAAACGAGGGGAGGGAGAACCAUGUGCAUCGCUUUUAGCUCCUUGGAGGAAAAGGUGGAAUAUAAGUGCAAUAAAAAAAGAAUAGCUGUGUUUGGUUUGGUUACAAGGCCUGCCUGGAGAGUUACUGAGGUAUACAUGAGGGAUGGUGACACACCAUAAAAGCACUGAAGGCAUGAACUGGUGUCUGAAUAGUGCAUUAAGACUUUUUUUUAAGUGUUGGCCCUAGCUGGGAGGGGUGAAGGGAGGUGCCCUAGGGCUCCACUUCAGGGAGCAAAAAGUCCUGCUUGGGUCCAAGGGCUGUCUUCCUUUGAAGUGCAUCUCUGUGGCUCAGCCAUGGGAUAUGAAAGGAUGGCAAAGGAGGACAGCAGCUCUGAGCCUGUACAGAACGCUUUCCCCUCAUCACCCACCAACCACAACCAGCCCUUGCAACACCUUGGCUGGAAAGCAAUGGGAUUGGAUGAGGAAGCUGAUUUCCUGGCAGGCAUUCUGGACCAGAGCAGAACUUUUAGAAACUGUAGAUUGCCAAGGCAAGCCUUGAAGGGAGCUUUUUGCAGUGUUUUUGCAUGCUUAACUACCUCAUUGCAAAUAUGAAUAUAUACACUGGCCCACUUAUGAAUGCCCUUGUUUGCAAAGGUCUAUGGCUACAAGCAGUAAAUACGCACUGGAUUUGAGUGCCCUAGUUUUAGUAGUUUACAUGUGCGGUCUCUCGUUCACUUUAUUUUGAGAGCCCUGUGUUACUCUUUAAAGUUUGCUCUUCUUAAAAAAAAUGAAUGAAAAUGAAACAUUUUCCCCAAAUGUUUACCACUUUUACAACAACAUUCAGAAGCAACCUUUUAACUGCAGUAAUAAAUAAAGUAGGAUCACAUUGGAAAAUUUAGCUAAAUCGCCCUAUAAUGCAUGUUAUAAGUAUGGCACUCCCAAAUCAACUCAGCUUCUGUUACUGUAUAGAAUUCUAUCACACAGACAAGCUGUCUUGUCUUGGUGAAUAAAUUUGCCUAGUAGUCAUUGCCAGGCCUUAAGUUCUUUAAGUUCUGAGAGCCAGCGUGGUGUAGUGGUUAAGAGCGGUGGACUCGUAAUCUGGUGAACUGGGUUCGAUUCCCCACUCCUCCACAUGCAGCUGCUGGGUGACCUUGGGCUAGUCACACUUCUCUGAAGUCUCUCAGCCUCACUCACCUCACAGAGUGUUUGUUGUGGUGGAAGAAGGGAAAGGAGAAUGUUAGCCGCUUUGAGACUCCUUCGGGUAGUGAUAAAGCAGGAUAUAAAAUCCAAACUCUUCUUCUUCUUCUUCUUCUUCUUCUUCUUCUUCUUCUUCUUCUUCUUUUUUAGUCAUUGUAGCUAUUGGCCAAAGUUGAAACAGAUAGGGGAACUUUGGAAGGACCACAAUGUGGUCAGGCCAAGAAAGGUGUAGCUCCUCCCAAGACUUCAAUUCCUGUCUGAUUUGUGUUAGCAGAAGUGCAAAAUUUGCCCUCUUUAAGGAAUGCGGGUUUUUAGUACCAAAUACUUAAGUUUUUGAGGACAACUUUUAAAACCAGUAAUGUGCUUUGUAUUAGCCUGAGAUUGCAAUGGAGUACCUAAACACAUAAUUUCAGAUUUAGGCUCAUUUAUUUGCAGUCUUGUUACCUCUCCAUAGUACCUCUGUUCCUUUGCAAGCCCAGGUGUUGCAGUUUCUGGUUUAGAUAACAUAAGGGUGAUGUCAUCGACGAAAAAGCUGAUAGUAUGCAAUCUCCCAUUUAUUGUUACACCCACUAUUUUCGCAUUGUUUCUAACAGACAUUGCUGGUGGCUUGAUAGAGAGAACAAAGAAAAGUGGUGAUAAAGGGCAACCCUGCUUUGCUCCACACUAUCAAGAAGAGGUUGGAGUCAAGACCAUCCAUUCAUACUGUGGUAAAGGAGUGUUCAUACAAAGCAAAGAUUGAGCUUAUGAAACACCGGCCCAUGUUGAGCUCUAAAUAUUACCAUAUUUUUCGCUCUAUAGGACGCACUUUUUCCCCUCCAAAAAUGAAGGGGAAAUGUGUGUGCAUCCUAUGGAGUGAAUGCAGGCUCCUUAGCUUCAGCGAUUGCAACGCUCCGAAGGGAGAGUGCUCCGGAGGCUUCGCAUUGCUUUCGCUGAAGCUGCCUGAAGCCCCCGGAGUGCAGUGGGAGUUCCCGCUGUGCUCCGAAGGCUUGUGGAUAGCCACCUUAAGCCUGGAGAGCGAGAGGGGUCGGUGCACACCAAUCCCUCUCGCUCUCCAGGCUUCGCUUCGCUGGAGAGGCGCUGCACAGUUUUCCCUCUUUGCGCAGCGCCCCUUCAGCGAAGCGGGAGGAGAAAUGGAAGGGGCUCCGCUUCUCCUCCCGCUUCGCUGAAGGGGCGCUGAGCAAAGAGGGGGAGAAUUUUUUUUUCCUGUUCUCCCCCUCCUAUGGUCCGGUGCGUCCUAUAGAGCAAAAAAUAUGGUAACAUCUUUAGAAAUUAACAUCUUUAGAAAGAUGCAUCUUUCAUAUUAGUGGCUGAAAGCAGACAUUUUGUCAUGCACAUACAACAUUUUCAAGUGAACAUCUUACUGUAUUUUUAAUAUUUUGUUGAAAUAAUAAAUUAUUAUUAUUAUUAUUAUUAUUAUUAUUAUUAUUUUAUUAUUAAAACACUAAAGAGCAAUGUUUGAGCUUCCAAGAGGAGUUCAACUUAACCAAUAGAUUGUUCCAUCCAAGGUCUAUUCACAGCCUUGUCCUCUUGAUGUGUAUUUGUUUUCAGGUGGCUCCUGGUUGUUCCAUUUCAUGAACCAGAUCAGGGAAAUAACCAGAUAGCUUGUUUGCAAAAGAAGGUAAAAAGGGGGAGGUAAAUAUACUGGGGGAAAUGGCACAGGGCACACAUUCCCAGGAAGUUCUACUCUGCAAAACUGUGCCAGAGAGCAUUGGUCAAAUGUUAGACAUGUCAGCAUUUCAUCAGUGGGCUCCACUGCAGGAUUGGAUUGGGUAUCCUAACUAUGCAAACUAUUGAAUAAUGGGACCAGUUGUCCAGGAAAGCUAUGACAUUGCAUUCUAUGGACAUUUCAGGCUAAGCAAUCCUGAACAAUGCAAAGAACUAGCUUACCACUGAGCUUUCUCCUAAGUUUUCAUUUCAGAUGACCCCAGAGGUUGUCUUUCUAGAGCUGUAACCACAACCUGUUAAACAGGGGUGCUGGGGUUUAAACUAUUGUAUACCCUUUUUCUUUUCCACAAAAUUAUUCUAGGGUAGGGCCAGCCUUCUUAUUAGGCAAAGUCAGCCGGCAACCUCAGGUGGCAGACAGUGAGGAGCAGCAACAAGGUGCUAUCGGACAGGGUCCUGCAGGUGAACAUAAGCAGAGUCUGCUGGAUCAGGUCAAUAAUGACCCAUUGAUCCAGCAUCCUGCUAUCAUGGUGACCAACCAGAUGCCCAAAAGCAGGACUUCAGCCCAUCAGCACCACCCCUGCUUGUGAUUCCCAGCAACUGAUAGGUGCCAAUUCCCCUGCCCUACAGUAGCUUAAGCUAGCCUGCUGCCUUUAGGUUCAGUGGAGAACUCUGCCUCAUCACCAGUGCUGAACUCCCAGGCAGUCCAUGUUCAUCCAUGGCAUGGGAGACACCAUCUUGACCUUCACCUGAAGUAGAGAGUUGUUUGGGAUCUGCCCUGUUUAAGGGUUGAGAUGAAAUAUAGGGGCUUAUCCGGCCUGCCAGUCUAUUUAAUCUGGCCCCCAUGGGAGUAUUUGUCCUGGGGUAAAAUUCUAAAAAAAGCUCAACAACUUUGGGGCAAAAUUGUAGAAAAAGUUCAACAAGUUCAAUCUUUAAAAAAAUCCUCAACAACUUUGGGGUUAAAUCCAAAAGAAAGCUCCACAACUUUGGGCUAAACUUCAAUCCUAAAAACAGCUCAACUUUGGUCUGCCCUCACACAUGUUCACUUCAUCAAAUCUAGCCCUCUUUGGAAAAAGUUUGGGCACCCGUGUCCUAAGGCUUUUGCAAAGAAGGAUUUUGAAUGGAUCAAUGUGGCUUUCCCUGAUUCACCAGGAGCCCUAGAAGACAUGCUCUGUUAUCAAGUGUUUUCCAUUAUAAAGGCAGAUAGUCUAGUCACAGGGGUCAGCAAACUUUUUCAGCAGGGGGCCGGUCCACUGUCCCUCAGACCUUGUGGGGGGCCGGACUGUAUUUUGAAAAAAAAUAUGAACAAAUUCCUAUGCCCCACAAAUAACCCAGAGAUGCAUUUUAAAUAAAAGGGCACAUUCUACUCAUGUAAAAACACGCUGAUUCCCGGACCGCCCGCAGGCCAGAUUUAGAAGGUGAUUGGGCCAGAUCCGGCCCCCAGGCCUUAGGUUGCCUACCCAUGGUCUAGUAUACCAUGGUGAUUUUAAGUAUAAAGACCAAGAGAACGGUACUUCUUCUAGAUCAAAUACUAUGAAAUGCAAAAGCGAUCUUAUGCAUACUGUGUGAAGUGAUGCUUCAAGUUGUGUACUGUCCACCAAUUUUUGCAGAGUUUCUCAUGUGAACAAUUAAAAGAUGUGCAGUUCUUGCUUUUUUUGGCCCUAAACAUGUUACCGUACUUGGAAAUGUAGGACUUAAUUUCAAGUGGCAUGUUGAUAAGGAUGUCUGGCACCUUAAUGCCCCCCUUUUUUGAGGGGGAGCACCAAAAACCAGUCAUUUAUAUAAGGAGAAAGGCCAUGUCGCUUUGCAUUGCAGAAGAACCCAAGUUCAUUCUGUGGCAUCUGCAGAUCGAUGGCCAGGUAGUUGAUAAAGGAAAGACCUCUGCCCAAAGACCCAGAGAGCUUCUGCCUGGCACAGUACAAUGGUACCUCAAGUUACAAAUGCCUCAGGUUACAAACGCUUCAGGUUACAAACUCCGCUAACCUGGAAGAGUUACCUCAAGUUGAGAACUUUGCCUCAGGAUGAGAAUGGAAAUCGUGUGCCGGGAGCACAGCAGCAGCAAGAGGCCCCAUUAACAGAAGCACAACUCUAGUUAAGAACAGUUUCAGGUGAAGAACGGACCUCUGGAAUGAAUUAAGUUUGUAAGUGGAGGUACCACUGUACUGUGUUACAGUGUACUGUGUUACAGUGGUACCUCAGGUUAAGUACUUAAUUCGUUCCGGAGGUCCGUACUUAACCUGAAACUGUUCUUAACCUGAAGCACCACUUUAGCUAAUGGGGCCUCCUGCUGCUGCCGCGCCUCCGGAGCACGAUUUCUGUUCUCAUCCUGAAGCAAAGUUCUUAACCUGAAGCCCUAUUUCUGGGUUAGUGGAGUCUGUAACCUGAAGCGUAUGUAACCCGAGAUACCACUGUAGAUAGGGUAAGAAUCUGACUCAAUACAAGGCAGCAUUCUGUCUUUGUCACUGCCUGCUAUCACUGGAGCUGCUUAGAGUUGCCACCUGAUGGGUAAAAGAUCAACUGCAUCAUGGCUAAAAAUUCAGCAACUGCAGCUUCCAUCAUCACUGUCUUUACAGCAAAGCUGCAACUGAUUGGUGUUCUUUCCCACUUUCCUUGCAGAGCCUCUUUUGAGGAGACAAAUGAUCUCAUUGACUUUGAUAGGCUAUAUCCACAGCUCAGACAGCUUUAAAUAACAAUUCCUAGAAAGUGCAGUUCUGUGAGUUGGGACUAGGGAACAUUAAUGUAAAAUUCUCAGCACAUCCACCAGGUGACAGUUCCCGGAAUCCUUUGGUGCAGCCAUGAUGGUUGGAUAAGGCAGAUAAUGUAUUUUUGGGAGUGUGCAGAUGUUCUUAGUCAGGCAGCCCAUCCCACUAGCCAGUUAAGAAGAACUGGGAGUUUAAAUUAAUUUUUAAAAGCUUUAAGGCUUUUGAAGAUGAUUGGUCCAAAGUAAGCCAGUCCUAUCUGUUAGGGAGAGUGAGGUGACCAGGGAGUUGAUUUUGAGUGUCAUGAAAGGGAAACAGAUUGUUAGUUUUUGUUUGUUACUAUAUUAUAUUUGUGUUUUUAUAUUGUGAACUGCCCUGUGUCCCUCAGAAGAAGGGCGGUAUAGAAAUUCAAUAAAUAAAAUGAAUAAAAUUAACCAUGGAAUCAUAGGUCACCUGGAUGACCACAAAUGUGUACGGUGGUUAGUUUUGUUGUCAUCCUUGGUUUUAUUAAAAACAAACAAACCGAUGAAGAAGCAGCAAGGAUCUAUACAUUGACUGAGCAUUUUUGAAGUGUUGAUGAGCACUGGAGAUGUACGGGGUUUUUUUGUUUACUAUGCAGUCUGCCAAUGGAGGCGUUGGUUUUUUGGUGGGUUUUGGUUUUUUAUUGAAACACAAAACGCAAUGCAUGCAAAUUCAAGAUGAUCUCUUUUAAUUCUGGCUGCCUGGAGAUGAAGGAGACUUACACCUGUUAAAGACUUGGGAGUUUUUAUUCUUGCACAAGGUCUCAGAGUUGCCAGACCAGAACUCAAAAAGUGAUACUUGUACUAAGAGUUAGUGACCAGCAUAGCUUUUACUUUAAAUUCCUUUAUGCAGGAGGAGACAAGGAACCCACAGCUUCUUCCACCUGCUUUCACCUCACAGACAUAGUGCCUGAUUUACAGUGCAGCUCAAGACACCAGGAAUCUUGCUCAUUACCCCUGAUGUGGAGGGCUAGAUCCAAAGAUUUGGGGCAGUGGAAUUGGGCACAAUUAUGUAGAAAGAUGUGUAUGUUAGGAAACUUACACUAAAUAGCUGAUAUAGUUCCAUGAGGACUUUUUAAAAAAUGCAAACUGAUAUGGAAAUGUGCCAAGCCAGCUUGGACUGUGGGCCAUAGCUGUCAACUUUUCCCUUUUCUUGCAAGGAAUACUAUUCGGAAUAAGGGAAUUUCCCUUUAAAAAAGGGAAAUGUUGACAGCUAUGCUGUGGGCUUAGGCUUAGGCUUUCCGAAACCCAAAGCCAGAGACCAAGCCAAAAGCACCUUUAGACCUCAUCUCCAGCUUUGGCUUGGCUUUGGCUUCAGUUUCCAGCUUUGGGUUUCCAAAAGCUGUCACCGAAAGCUGCAGCUGAAAGCCGCUGCCAAAAGACAGGCCAGAGCAGUGGCGUAGCGUGGGGGGUGCAGGGGGGGUCAGCCGCACCGGGCGCAACUUCUGGGGGUUAGGGGGCGCAAAUCCACGGGUUAGGGGGCACAAAUCCACGGGUUAGGGGGCGCAAAUCCACAGGUUAGGGGGCGCAAAUUACUUGCCUUGCCCCGGGUGCUGACAACCCACGCUACGCCACUGGGCCAGAGGUUGGAAGCUGCUGCUGUCGAAUCCAGAGAGGGGCAGCAGCUGAAGGAGAAGGGCGCAUGAUGGCAGUGGAACAUAAUGCCCAUGGCAGUAUCCAGUGCCGGACUUAUGUAUAAGCUAAACAAGCAAUAGCUUAGGGCCCCACUCUCUUGGGGGGUCCCAAAAAAAUUAAAGAAAAAAAACUGGAUGUACAUUUCCAAAAUAUAAGAUAAAAAACAAAUAAAAUAAAACCUACAUACAGCAACAGUGUAUUCUGUUGUGUAGGCUCCUAUGAUGUCAGUAAUAGGCCCUGCCUACUAGCCUGCUCUAUAAAAUAUCACUGGUUUCUCAUUUCUAUAUAUAGGGUGCCUACAUUUUGCAUGUGCCAAUGGCUUUAGAUACCUAUUAGGUCCAUAAAUCAUCAUAUAGCAUAUAUUCAACACAAAAAACAGCGGCAAUUUGUUGUUGACAAAGGGCAGCUGGGCAUAUAAAGGGCCCCAUUACCUUCAGUAGCUUAGGGCCUCAUCCAACCUAAAUCUGGCCCUGACAAUGUCCAUUGGCUUCUGCCACUCAAGGUGGUUACCUCAGUCUGCCUCAUGGAUGUCCCGGCCCUUUUAAACACAGUGACACUUUUUGUGCAUAAAAGAUGCACAGGACUUCACUUACUGGUGUCAGCUGCAUGAAAAUCGACCCAUUGUGUCUUCUCUGGUGCCACCCAAAUGCACAUCCCAAGUGUGCAAAUGCGCCUCUUCCCCCAAUGUUACGUACGUAAAGAUUCCAGGGCAGCACCAAAAGGAACUCUUAACCCAAUAUGUGGUAGAAUUCUACCAGAAUUAAUAAGACUAGCAAGGGUAAACACGGUUGUUUGAAAUCCCACAAAGGGGGAAAGCUGCCUUUACGUGCCAUGUGUCAUUUAUGCUAGUCUAAUUUGUUCAGGAUGUGCUGCCAAAGGGGUCAAAUCCAAAUGUCUCAUCUUCAAGGGGCUGCAGAUAAUGCUGUAAUCCCGCUGAAAUCCAGAAGUGUCAGAUCUCCUGUUCGUGUAGAAUUCAUUUGUGUCCUUUGACUUACAAGCCCUAAUCAGAGCUCCAAGGAUACUCCUUGUGGUUACCCAGUGGUGAGGGAAAGGCACUCUGCACAAGCGCAAUAGUGCUGAUUUUUUUAUUGUGGCAGAACUAACUAAGCCUUGCAGAAAUAAGUCCUUUUUUUUUUUACAGUGUAAACAGGUUUGCUUGCAGGGGCGGGGAGGGAAUCAACCGUGGCUCUAAUUAAGCACCUGCAAGUGCUCCGGUUUCCUUUGCCCCUGACCUCAGAUCCUCUUGGGCAGAACUUUCCAAGAAAGACAGAAAAGCCUCUCUGCUAGAACUAUGUUCUGAAGUAUUUACAGUGGAAUUUAAUGCAGUCCACACACCAGCCUGCUCUUGGUGAACAAGCUGAAAGGAUGGGAAAUGCCUGAUUGGUCCCAGAUUGCCAGUUUGCAAGGCGGAUAAUAGUUUCAACUAGGAUAGGAAAACUCAGCCAAGAGAGAGUUACACGUCCUUCCAGUUUUGCAGAUGCCUCCUCCUGUUCUCCCUUCCCUCCUUCCCUCUUUCUCUCUUCACUUUACCAGGCCCGACUGGUGCCUAUAUAACACUUUAUGACUGAAAGUUGCCAAAUCACUGCUACUUUGAUGUGAAAGCCAAAGUAUCCCACUUUCUGUAAAGUUUACGUAUCAAAGGCCCUUUAAAUGUAACCCAAUCUGAAUUCCCCCUUUAAAAAAAAAAAAAAAUAUCGAAAACAUGCGGAACCAGGGGCAAACCUUAAGCUACGGAAGCUGUUCUGAAUUCCAGUGCUAAUGCACAGUGGGGAGUCCAGUUUGAGCAUGUGCAAAGGGUCUCUCCCAUACCAACUAACAGUAGCGGUCAGUGGGGCACAAUGGGGCUUUUUUCUUACCUGCCUUGCCAGUACAGUAUUACGUUGCUUCCACUUACUGAGAGAGCAAGAUUAUCUGCACAGUUCUGAGCAGGCAUCCUACUCAGGAGGGGGUCCUUUCUACCGUGAGAGUAAGAAGACCCAGGUCAGAGCCUUUCUACUGAUUAUUUCCAUUGGGCCAUUCCCAACUCUUCCUUUUUCUUGUUCGCCACAAACUUGGAAGCUUUCGGCUAAAGCACUUAAAACCACAUUAGUUGUUGCAACACACACAUGUUGCCCAACCCACUACUGGCAAUGGGGCAGAAGAGAUAUUCUAACAUUUUGCAUUUUAACGAGGAAGCAUGUACAGUGGUACCUCGGGUUACAUACGCUUCAGGUUACAUACGCUUCAGGUUACAGACUCUGCUAACCCAGAAAUAGUACCUCGGGUUAAGAACUUUGCUUCAGGAUGAGAACAGAAAUCGUACAGCGGCGGCGGCAGGAGGCCUCAUGAGCUAAAGUGGUGCUUUGGGUUAAGAACAGUUUCAGGUUAAGUACGGACCUCCGGAAUGAAUUAAGUACCGGUACUUAACCCGAGGUACCACUGUAAUUUGCACUUCUCGAACCAGUACGAGAACUGAAACGCAGCUAUCAUUUGAAAUUUGCACUUCUCUGUAUUUUGUAACAGUCCUCUAACUAAACAGUGAGUCCAAAAUGCAUGUAUCAGGGAGCUGCACUUUAAAAUGCAGAUGUUAGUAAAAAUAUGAUGGACAAAAAUGCAUUCUGUUGGGCAAAAUUGUUUGCACAAAUAUGAAUAUAUUGGGUAGAAGUCUUACAGAAAUGUCUGUAAUAGGAGAAAAUUGUGCUAAAAUUCUGCAAAAUACAAGGAUUUUUAAAAAAGAAUAGUGAUUUUUAAGCACUAUGCUUAAACAUGGCUGAAACAAGUUCCGUGUUUUUAUGUAUAUGAUGUUUAAAUCUCUCUUGUUUGGUUGCAUUUGGGGGGUGUUGGGUUUUCCCCCCCAUUUCCAAUCCCAUGUAAUUGAAGAAAAGGUUCUACAUGCAUGUUUGGAUUAAAACUUAAUACGCAAAAUGUCCUGCUGCCAUGUUCUGAUUGGAAAUGAAGCAGUAUGUCCACCCUGAAACUUUUGCCCAUACAAAUGCUAUUUUGAAGCAGAUUGAUUAUUAUUAUUAUUUAUUAAAUUUCUAUGCCACCCAUCAGCCUCAGAUCUCAGGGUGGUUCGCAACAUAAAAAAAUACAAUAUAAAAGCACAAAAUACAUGAUAAAAGCAAGAACAAAAAACCCUACAAACCAAUAAUCAUUCUUCCCCCCUCCAACCUGAUAUAAUCCUGAGCAUAAAUAAUCAUGAAUGCACCCUUAAGGCCGGAGAGAGGCCUCAGGCAGCCCAAUGCCUUGGGCAGCCCUGAGUGGGCUGCUCAUUGUCAUGAGAGAAGGAUGUUCUGUGUGCGCUCAAUUAUUACUUCAUGGGGCUGAAGAUAGACCACAGUCAAGUGCUGCAGAAAGCUCUGCAUGAUUGUUUUUACACGUGACAUUUACCUCGCCUGCUUUUGGAUUUCCUGUGUCUCUAAUAUAUAUGUGCAGCCUGGUUAGAGUGUCAGAGCUGGGAGACCAGGGUUUGAAUCCCCACUCGCUGGGUGGCCUUGGGCCAGUCACUGCCUCUUAGCCUAACCUACCUCACAGGGUUGUUGGGAGGAUUAAAUGAGGAAGGGGAGAGACAUGUACACCACCUUGAGCUCCUUGCAAGGGAGAAAGGUGGAGUGGAAAUGAAUAAACAAUGAUACUAAAAGGUAUGGUUGAUUUUUCAAAAAUAGUAUUCAUGACACUUUCUCUCCUGUAUGAACACAGUAACCAGACAUGCUGGCAAUGGGUGUGAGGGAGACUCAAGCGCUCGUGUCACUUGGGAAGGUGCUGUUGAUGGAGCAGGGUGUGUGUGUGUGUGUUGGUGUUUGCUGUGUAUCUGAAGGGUUGUCUGCUCCAAGCUUGGUUUAAAGACAAAGCGUAAGGUUUGGAACAUAGAAACAGAGAGCAGGGAAGGCCUUUGAGGUUGGCUGUCAACAGUUAGCACCUGAACAGAUCCACUGUCUGGCAGCAGCCUUUGAGAAGACAGUGUUGGGUUCCUUUCAAAGGCUCUUUAAAGCAAGUGCCCACCUCCUUUCUCCACCCUGACCAGCAGCUGAGUCACAGAACCAGGGCCAGCAAGACGAGUUAUUGCUUGCUUCUAAUAAACAUGGCCUCAGCGCCAAGCACUGUGUUUGUUAUUGUAAGAGAAGAUGGAAACGGCAGCGUUCUAGCCCCAGAAGACUUGGCGCUUUAAAGCAGACUGCCAAGAUGGGGAUAUGAGAUAGAGGCCAGGGAUUGGCACAUGGCAUAAGAACUUAUAAGCCACACUACUGGUCCAUCUAGGUCAGUAUUGUCCACAGACAGGCAGCGGCUUUCUGGGGUUUCAGGCAGGAAGUCUCUCCCAGCGCAACUUGGAGAUGCUGGGCAUUGAAGCUAGAAUUUUCUCUGCAUUCAGAUGCUCUUCCACUGAGCCAUGGAGCAGUGUGGAUGGGAUCAGUGGAGAAGAUGCAAACGCUAAUGUCCUGUCUCUCUCCUGUUUGCCAGGGUCCUGUGCUGGAAGGAAAUCUAAGAUGAAGUUAUGGGAUGUGGUGGCUGUCUGCAUGUUGCUACUCAACACAAUCUCCACCUUUCCUCUUCCUGAUGGCCAGACCCGCUCAGUGCUAGAGGGAGCUGAAGACGAUCACACCUCCAACCGGCUGCUGACUCCUUAUGCUGGCCAAAUGGACUGUAAGAAAAAGUUCCCUUUCCUCCUUUCAACUUCUAUCUGUCUUAACUACUGAAAAAAAUGCUUUUGGUUGUCCUGGCACCAAGUCUGGACGUUUAUUUAACUAGCUUUCCUGGGAGGGUUCCUCCUUUCCCAGCCUAGAGCUGAGAGAGAUCUAAACCCAAAAGCAGAAAUGUAGCAAGCAUGACUGACGGCUCAGGCCUAGUCAUGCAGAAGCCACUGGGAGUUAAGAGGACUAGGCUGACUCAUUCACCAUGCAACUGUACUCCCAUUGGCAUCAUUGGGUCUGAAGGUUCACCCAUAUGGUUAUCACUGUGUUUUAUCGUUUGGUGGUUUCAGACUUUGGGAAUGCUAGUUUGGUGAGGUUGUUGAGGAUACCUUACUAGAGGUUAGACGCCAUGGUAGUCCAAUUGCUAUGAAACCAAAAAGAUUCACAGGUGUGCUCUUGUGGGGCCACCACUGACUUUUCUACUUGCUUGCCCUCUCCUCUUUCUUAUAAGGAGGUUGCAUGUGAACCAGAAGUCUCUACAUGCCUGGUUCCAACGGAGUGCUGGGAUUCCUUAACUCUAGUGAUUCCAUCAGCAUUCUUGCCAUUGCGAAUAAUCAGGAACAUGUGUACUUUCAGUAUACUUGCCGCUUCCUCUGCAUGAAUACAAGGAAGGGCAAACCUCUGUCUGUUUGUUUUGAAAUCUGGCGGCACUGCUGAGUGCAAAGCAUCCCUAAUGAAGUCAAUGAGGUGGCAGCUUUUGUUCGUGGAGAAUGAGUCAGAGCUCACCAAGCGGAAGGAGACACACCAAUGGCUGGGAGGCGGAACAAUGCUCCUUGGGCUUAAAUUCAAAGUCCAUCAGCUAACUGGGCUCAAUUAGACUAUGACAAAGAAUCCCACAUCUAGGUGCAAACUGAAGGCUUGUGCAGAAUUGAUGCUUUUCAGGGUGCAAUAAGCAAACUGUGUUUCUAGCAUAUCAAUAUGCCAAAUCACCUAGAAGCACCAGCUACCAGAAAUAGGAUUGCCACAAAUUACUGACAGUCCAGUUCCCCUCCACAUCAGUGGAGCAAAAUGAGUAGGAGACCAAAAGGGUUAGCUACACUUAGUAGUUGUAUCUAAAUGUGAAGUUGAAAGUUGGUCCCUAAUGUCCAGCAGCCCAGUGCCGGAUUACGUAUAAGCUAAACAAGCUAUAGCUUUAGGGCCCCACUCUCUUGCCCCCCCCCAAAAAAAGUUAAAGGAAUAAAAAAAAAAGGAUGUACAUUUCCAAAAUAUAAAAAACAAAUAAAAUAAAACCUACAUACAGCAACAGUGUUUUGUGUUGUGUAGGCUCCUAUGAUGUUAUGUGCAAAUGGUUUUAGAUACCUAUUAGGUCCAUAAAUUACCAUUUAGCAUAUAUUCAACACAAAAAACAGCGACAAUUUGUUGUUGACAAAGGACAGCUGGACAUAUAAAGAGGAUGGAAAGAAGCACGCAGCAGGCUACAAGACUGAGCGGGCCACAGUCAGGUUCACGGGCCUGCCCAGAAUAUGCCACAUACGCCCACUUCCCUUCUCCGCAGGCCACCCAUGCUCAUUGCAGCGCAUAGGGCACUGUGCUCCCAGGGUAAUUAUUGUUGCUGCAAAUCACACAGUCCUCUCCGCUGUUGCUUUCCUGUGAGAGAGAGGGAUUCUCAAGCCUCUUUUGCCUUCUCAGCAUCUUCCCAGCAGAUGCAAAACCACAUCUGCAUUCUUUCGCUUUCUGCCUCGUCUGAUCCUCCUCCUCUCUCGCUCUCUUCCCACUGGAAUCUUUCCUGGGUUUCCCUCUUCACGUUUUGGAGAGAAGCCACAUUUCCUUUCAAGGAAUGAUGCACGUUGACCAAAAGACCUAACUGUCUCCAUUCCCUUCUCCUUCCACCCUCCUCGCCCUCCGGGCCAGACCGUAGAUGAGGGAAUGCUUGGGUGUCUUGUGAACUCGCUUUUCUUUUUUGAUGAAAAUAGAUAGGAGAUCCUAUGUAAUCUCGUGUCGCCCUUCCUUCAGAAGCCACCUUUGGCUGCCUUAUUUUAAUUCAUAAAAGUAUUCAUAUACCUCUGUCUCACAGAAAAUAUCAAGGCCAAUUGGAGGUUGAUCCCAAAAUUCCUACUUGGCCCCCAAGUGACUGAUUCAUUCUUCAUGGCUCUGAAAGUGGGGUGAACGGGUCAUUGCAGAGGCUCUGAAUGUGGAAGGUGAGGGUAGAAAGGUAAAGGUCAAAGGUAAAGGACCCCUGGAUGGUUAAGUCCAGUCAAGGGCAACUAUGGGGUUGCAGCGCUCUUCUCACUUUCAGGCCAAGGGAGCCAGCGUUUUUCCACAGACAGCUUUCCGGGUCAUGUGGCCAGCAGGACUAAACCACUUCUGGCACAACGGAACACUGUGACGGAAGCCAGAACGCACGGAAACACCAUUUACCUUACCGCCGCAGUGGUACCUAUUUAUCUACUUGCACUGGUGUGCUUUCAAACUGCUAGGUUGGCAGAAGCUGUGACAGAGCAGCGGGAGCUCACCCUGUCGUGCGGAUUCAAACCGCCGACCUUCCAAUCGGCAAACCCAAGGGGCUCAGUGGUUUAGAGCACAGCGCCACCCGUGACCCUAGUGAGGGUAUUGCCUGCUCUAUGGAGGGAAGCAGCUUCCCUUAAGCAAUUGUCCACCACAGUGAUGGGAUCGUUGUCCUACCCACCCUUCUCUAUGCAAGAAGGGAGCCCAAGAGUCUUCCUCUAUGGAAGGCCAGCUACUCCCAUCACCCCUAGCUAGCAAGGCUGCUCUGUGGGUCAAAUUCACUCCCCAUAUAAAAGGUGAUGGAGCAGCCUUCUCAAAGUUCAUCCUGUUGGCCUUGGCCUGGCGUGCCAGCCAGUCAAGGCCAUUUGGUCUCUGUUUUCUGUCCCUCCCCAGCUUCAUGUCAUUUGAAAUUUGAGAAGCAUUCCCUUUAUACUCUCAUCCAAAUCAUGUCAUUAAAAAAAAGUUGACAAGCACAGGGUCUAGGUCAGAGUCCUGCCGCACUCCAGCCGAGAUCUGCCUCUGGAUUGGUGCAGAACCAUUAAUGGGCCUUUGCUCCCUAAACUGUUUUACUGCAAAAUCAAACAUUCCAGUUUUGUAGCUCUCAGCUACUGAAUUUCUUUCUUUUACUCAUGGCUGACUGACCCUGCCUAUGCAAAAAAAAGGACGCACAUCUGCAUAGUGUUUCCUGCGUGCGCAAUUUAUUCUGCAAGCAGAAUUUGGAUUGCCUUGCAAAAUUCCGUUAUUCUGUUUGCCAUUCGCAUAAGCAGCCUGAAGAAACCAUUCUUCGCCGUCUGUCGAAAGCUUCCUUUGCCUCUCACGGUGGCUUGCAAGGAGCAGAGGCGGACAGGUGGCAACUUCCUUCAGUGCUUCAUCAAAGCCCUUUCCUGCGCCAUGCAGGCCAACAUGCAGUCCGACGGCUGCGUGUCCGAGGGGGAAUCAAGUGUACUCUGGGAGGAAGUAGCGGGCAACAGGUGAAGACCACACACACAUAGGCACAUAUCAGACGGCAUUUUCACCGGGCGGCCAAGUCUGUCUGUGCACAAUGAAAGAAUCAUGCCGAUCAGCUGUUCAGUAGGCAGAAGCAGAACUAAAUCCAGUGCUUCCCCUCCCCUCCCCUGUCCGGCAUCCCCCCAAAUAGCUGCCUGGCAUUAUCGCUUAUUUCCUAACAGGGCUCUGUGCAUGCAGUCCUGGCAGCCAGAUUGAGGGGAGGAACUGCAUGGGCAGCACCGCUUGCAGCCGCUAAGCGCUCAUCCAACUAGGGCUAUAUGCAUCCACCUGCGGGUUGACCGUGGCUUGAUUGAGCAGAUAUAAAUACCCUCUCACUUCCUGAACGAGAUCCUGCUUGUGCUUAGGAAAUUAAGCUUCAUAACAGAGUGGGGAUUUGGAUGUUGGUUUCCAAUAUGGAAACUGAAGUACAGUCAUAAAAAGUUAAAGGUACCCCUGCCCGUACGGGCCAGUCUUGACAGACUCUAGGGUUGUGCGCUCAUCUCACUCUAGAGGCCGGGAGCCAGCGCUGUCCGCAGACACUUCCGGGUCACGUGGCCAGCGUGACGAAGCUGCAUCUGGCGAGCCAGCGCAGCACACGGAACGCCGUUUACCUUCCCGCUAUAAAGCGGUACCUAUUUAUCUACUUGCACUUAAGGGUGCUUUCGAACUGCUAGGUUGGCAGGCGCUGGGACCGAGUGACGGGAGCGCACCCUGCCGCGGGGAUUUGAACCACCGACCUUUCGAUCGGCAAGUCCUAGGCGCUGAGGCUUUUACCCACAGCGCCACCCGCAUCCCUCGAAGUACAGUCAUACCUCGGGAUAAAUACGCUUUAGAAUAAGUAUUUUUGGGGUGUACUCCGCAGCAACCUGGAAGUAACGGAGCAUGUUACUUCCGGGUUUUGCCGCUCGCACAUGCGCAGAUGGUCAAAAUUACAUCGUGCGCAUGCACAGAAGUGGCAAGACGUGGCAUGUGCAGUCGCACAGUCGCGUCUUACAUUCUGUUCAGGAUGCGAACGGGGCUCCGGAAUGGAUCCCGUUCUUAUCCCGAGGUACCACUCUACACUGUAUUUUUGUUUAAACUCUGGUCUGCCCAAGUAGGAUAUAUUGGGUGUGGAGGGGCAAUUUUUAGGGGUGUGAGAGGUGCUAAGUCCUCCUGCCUCUUACAGUCUGUAUCCCCAUUGCCACUUCCCUCCUGCACCUGGGCUCUGAUACCUGAAGACAACUGGGAGGAGUGGGGAUAUUUCAUCUCUUUCUCCCUUUCAUGAAAAUCAGACAUUUCUACCAUCGCCACACUUGAGGUGUCACUGAGGUUGACUCAGCUUUAGAUGGCGGGUUCUUCUGUUGUCAGAUGUCAUUUGAGAUUUAUAAAUGUAAAAUAUUUCCAUCAGUAUUAACCUCUGGAUAGUUCCCCUGUUUCUAUUUAAAAUUAUUUUAUUAGUAUUUAUUACAUUUGUAUACUGCCCUUCGUCUGUAGAUUUCAGGGCAGUUCAUAAAAAUACAAGAUAAAAAUCCAAACAUCCCUGGGGAAACCUUUUCACAAACAGGGAGCCACUGCAGAAAAGGCCUGUUCUUGUGUUGCCACCCUUUGGACCUCUUGUAGAGGAGGCACAUGAAGAAAGUUCUCAGAUAAUGGUCAUCAGGUCUGGGUAGGUUUAAAUCAAGGGUCGCUCAUGCUGUAUGAUGUCAUAAGUAAAAGGUAAAUAUAGGUCUCAACCACUGAGCCUCUUAGGCUUGCUGAUUUGAAUCCGCUCGACGGUGGUGAGCUCCAAUUGCUCUCUCCCAGCUUCUGCCAACCUAGCAGUUCAAAAGCAGACCAGUGCAAAUAGAUAAAUAGAUACCACAGUGGCAGGUUAGGUAAACAGUGUUCCCAUGCGCUCUGGCACUUGUCACGGAGUCCCAUUGCACCAGAAGUGGUUUAGUCAUGCUGGCCACAUGACCUGGACAGCUCUCUGUGGACAAACUCUGGCUUCCUCAGCCUGAAAGCGAGAUGAGUGCCACACCCCAUAGUCGCCUUUGACUGGACUUAACCAUCCAGGGGUCCUUUACCUUUACCUGUAGAGUUCCCUCUCCAACAGAGGUGUGUCUCGCUUCUUCACUAUACAGCUUUCAGCGAGUACAAAAGACACAUCUCUUUACCUGGCCAUUGACACCUGAGAAGUGUGUUUUCAGGGUCCACCUUACCUGUAAUAAAUACCACAAGGACCGCCUUCCCCAUAUGAACCAACCUGGACCCUGCAGUCAUAAUCUGAUUUUAAUGUGUUGAGAUAUAUCUGUAUCUAUCUACCUAUCUACCUACCCACCUGCCCUUUGACCUUAUGGUGAAGGGCAGUUAAGAAAUCCAAUAAAUAAUGUAAGAAUAUAAUUCCUGCAGAUGGACAUUUUAGAUUGUGGCUGAGGAGAGAUUUAAACCCAGCUCUUGUAGACCCCCCCGCCAAUUUUCUUGGACUAAAGUGUGAGAUUAUGGCUGCUUACACACCAGGUAUUUAAAGCGCACAACUUCCCCUGGGAACUGCAGUUUAUACUAAUGGUCCUGAGAAUCAUAGCUUUCCAAGGGAUAAACUACAGUUCCCAUGGUUCUUUAAAUGUAUGAGCUUUAAAUGUAUAUACAGCCUACAGAUUAUAUUGAAACAUUCAUUAUAUCUGGAGUUUAAAACCAGCCUGUUUCUGCCUCUCCCUCUCACCUGAUAAGGGAGAUGCAACUGGAACCAUAAUGGUGGAGGGGGACAACUAACUAAGCGACUUCAGUUCUUAUUCCUCCUGCCCCAAAGUAUUGGCUUGUUCCAGUACUGCCUCAGGACAUUUAACAUGCCACCUGAGAGAGCGAGAGAGAGAGAGAGGACGCCAGUGAGAGUGUCAGAUUUUGUGGGAAUUCUAAGAUGGAGGAAAGGUUGCCCUCUGUUCUUCCUCUGACACAUUGGUGAGCCAGCAAGGAAGAUAAUGAACCUGAACACCAUUAAUCAUUUAAAGAUUAUUUGAUCUCAGCAUCUUUGAUGUUAUAUUCCGUUAACGAAUGCCGCUGACGGGUCUCCAUUUCACCCAAGCCAUGCACGAAGCCUCUUCUUAAUACGAGAAGUUCCUUUAAUUGCUUAAGCCCCGUCACCAUUUCAGAAGGCCAACAGGUGAAUUUUGAUUCCUUUCUGGUAACGUCCAUUACUGAGAAGGGCUUGUAACGCGAGUAUUAUAUUCUGCUUCCUAGCCUGCUAUGUCUGCUCAUUUCAAACCAGGCUGCGGGAAGGUGAAAAGAUGAGAACGGCUCAUUGAUUUCAUGCACUUUCACAGGCCAGCGGUUGAUGAACAUCUAAAUAUACUGGGGUCAGGGAGGGCAGGAAGGAUAUUUGUUUAAGGCAAGGCCGGGGAGCACUUUUUCAGCUCAAGGGCCAGAUCCUCUUCUGCACAACUUCUUGGGGGCCGCAUGUAUUUGUAUGCCACCUUUCCACAGCUAAAACCAUGCUCGAGGUGGCUUACAGCAUGAAACAAAUUACAUAGUUACAAAUAGAACCGUAGUAGUCAAAAACAAUGAGCAAAACACAUCAAAAAGUACACAACAAAAUUGAGCAAUUUCCACAUAAAUCAUAGCAAGAUUUAAAAAUAAGGAUACAAAAAAUUAAUCAGUAACAGCAACAAUCUCCCCUGUUACAACCUUCCGUAAACAGUACCCCAACUAAAGACCAGCACAUAUUCCUCACCAUGACCAUGCAAUAUUUUUUUCUUUUAAAAAGCAUUUUCUUUGAAUAAAGUGCAGUCCCAUUUAUUUAUUUAUUUAUUUACUUACUUACUUACUUACUUUAUUUUAUUUUCUACACUAAUUCUCUAUCUGAGGAUCUCAUGGCGGUUUACAACAUAAAAACACAAAAAUACAUAUCAAUGUUAAAAACAAUAACUGUAUCACAUACACUCCAACACAAUUUCGUUUGGAUUUGCUCUUUUAAGAGGGGGACAAUCCAGUUUUGCUCAUAAAGCAAAUAUCUCUCAUAAUGUUAAGCAAGGCAAACACAUAUUUAACAAGAUAGGGUUAGCAUAAGUGUAGUGCAACGAGGGCUUUUUCCCACUGAUAAAAGGAUGAUCAAAUUUACAAGCCCCAAUAUGCUUAAGAUCUGGUUGGUGCCUUACAAAAUGCUUCAAAAUCUUUCAGAGUAACUAGCAAGAUGGCACUUCUCACUUUAACCAUCUUCUACAGCUUCCACAAAGAGACAUUAUCCGUGUCCAAGGCAAAAGCACACAAGUGAAUAUAAGGUAGGGUUAGGAGUGGAUGUGCCUGGGAUGGAGUCUGGUCUGGGGAGAGACCCAAAGGUCAGCGAGGGAGGUUUGCAGGGCCACAUCCAGCCCCCAAGCCUCUUUUGAUUUAGGGUACAGUCCUCUCUAAAGGUAUUCUGCUCAUGGCACACCGAGAAGAAUGGAAGAUGCAGAGGGAAGAUGGGUUGGAUCCAAACACAACCUCCCAAUGUGUGAUGGGGAACACUGGUUCAUACAUUGCAGAGAAGGGGUGCUUGAGGAAUGCUACCAUGGUGAAUUUAGGUGGUCUGCUCCUCUUGCUUUAACAUGCAGGUCUGAACUGAGCUACAAACCAGUCCUAUGCAUUGAGCUCAUUCAGACUUGCUCCCAGGUGAGUGUGCAUAGGAUUGCAGCCGCAAUUAUCAAAAGAUGCAUUUAAAUAAUGUUCUGAGAAGAAUUAUGCAUUCAUAGAGAAAGCAUGCAAGUAUAUAAAAUAUGCCUAUGUGUGUGUGUGUGUGUGUGUGUGUGUGUGUGUGUGUGUACUACAGUCGUACGUCCAUAUGCCUUGCGACUUGAACGUUUUGGCUCCUGAACGCCACAAACCCAGAGUGAGUGUUCCAGUUUGAGAAUGUUCUUUGGAACCUGAACGUCCGACACAGCUUACGUGGUUUCCAAUUGGCUGCAGGAAGCUCCUUCAGCCAAUCAGAAGCUGUGCCUUCGUUGUCAAACAUCUUUGGAAGUCGAAAAGAUUUCUGGAAUGGAUUCCGUUCGACAACCAAGGUACGACAGGAUAGAUAGAUAGAUAGAUAGAUAGAUAGAUAGAUAGAUAGAUGAUAGAUAGAUAGACACACACACACAUAUAUACACGCCUGUAUAUAAGAAGAGGUUCUUCCUCCCAAUAUACCUUCAUCUGACAAACUAUUUUCUCUCUGUAUUUUCAAAACAGCUAAUAUUUCUGAGGAUUAUCCCAAGCGGCUUGGUGACGUAGAAGAUUUCAUUCAAGCCACUAUAAAAAUCCUGAAGAGGUCACCAGAUAAACCAACGCCAUAUAGCUCCAAAAGGGAAAGAAACCGUCAACGUGCAGCAAAGAACAAUAAUAAUUCCAGCAGCAGAAAAGGACGGAGAGAUCCGAAGGGAAGAAACCGGGAUUGUGUCUUAACUGAGAUGCACUUAAAUGUGACUGACUUGGGCUUGGGAUACAACACCAAAGAGGAGUUGAUUUUCCGGUAUUGUAGUGGUUCCUGCGAGUCCGCUGUAACCGUGUAUGACCAAAUUUUAAACAAUUUAACCCAAAACAGAAAGUUGGCCAGUGACAAAAUCAGACCACAGCCUUGUUGCAGACCCAUUGCAUACGAUGAUGAUGUUUCGUUUUUGGAUGAUGACCUAUCAACUUAUCACAUACUGAAAAAACAUUCCGCAAAAAGAUGUGGAUGUGUCUGA